UCCAAAACAUAAACAAAUGCAUGAAAAAGUCUUUGGCCUUCCAAAGUCUUUACCUGUCAUAUCAUCAAUAUUGACACGACUGAUGCACUGAUGGAUCAAAUAUAAAUAAAUAAUUUAUGUUCUAUAUCUAACACUCCCAGAUAAACUAUUUCUGACUUUUGAUUAUUCAUAUGAUGGCAGAAGAAGAAGACCAGACUAGCGCGCGCGCUGCGCCAAACCCCGGGCCAGGGUCUGGGAUGUCGUUGACCAGAGAGGAAACGGAGGAGCUCAAUGCCCUCAAAAGACAAGAUGGUAACACAAAAUGGUUGAGUGCCCAUUACGAUCCUGUCGCGUCGCUCUACACUUUCACUCAAUGUAUCACACUCGCUGAUAUCAGCGGAGAUGGCGAGAACCGACUUAUUAUCGCCGAUCUUGGGACAGGGACAUAUGACAUGAAGCUGAAAGUUUAUAAAGGCACAACGCUAAUUACAGAGAAUACCAUCAUAGAUUUGCCAACAGGAGUCGUCACGUUCUACAUGGACACUAAUGAGCCGAGGACGCCAGCUGUUGCCGUCGCCUCUGGGCCUUUUAUCUAUGUCUACAAGAACCUACGUCCAUACUUCAAAUUUACUCUCCCUACACUUGAAGUAAAUGCCUUAGAAAAAGAUGUGUGGGACCAAGCCAGAGAGGAAAGAAUUGAUGUGACCAUUCUGAGGGAAAUGUUGGAUGGAAUGAGGAAUGAAGGCGUUCCCCUCACUACCCGGUCGCUACGAUUCCUAAACCUGGAGGUACAAGACCUGGAACCAUUUGCCAAUGUUCACAAAUACGCCGCACUGAAAAGACAGACCGUAAUAACCUGCCUCGGCACGCUGAAGAAAUCAAUGACGGAAGAGGACGCCAUAAGUUGCCUCGUACUCGGCACAGAGAGUCGCUCCAUCUAUGUGUUGGACCCGGAAGCGUUCACCGUCCUGGCGACGAUGGAAAUGCCAAGUGUGCCUGUAUUCAUGAGUGUCUCUGGUCUCUACGAUGUGGAGUUCAGGAUCAUUGUGGCAUGUAGGAAUGGAGGCAUUUACACACUGAAAAGGGGUAGCAAAGUUGGGCGUAUCUGCAUCGAGCUGAAUUCCCAAGCGGUUGGAUUGGUUAAAGCAGGAAAGAAUAUUGUGAUCGGGUGUAUGGACGAGACACUUCAGUGUUACUCUUUGAAGGGAAAGAAGUUGUGGACCGUCCAACUGCCUGCAAGUGUGACGACAAUGGAGCUGAUGGAUUACAAAAGUAAAGGGUUAAAGGCUGUCAUGGUGGCAUUGAGUAACUGUGAGGUUCUGAUUUACAAAGACAAGUACUUGGUGAAUACGAUGAAAACGGAAGACAUCGUGACGGGCAUGCAGUUUGGAAAGUUUGGGCGAGAAGAUGGCGCACUUAUAAUGACGACGAGAGGUGGCGGUCUCAUUGUAAAGAUUCUCAAACGUACCGCUAACUUCGAAGAGAAGGAUAUGGCGGCUGGACCACCUGCAGCCCAGAGCGUCAAACUCAACAUCCCAAAGAAGACCAAGCUCUUUGUUGAUCAGACGAUGAGAGAGAGAGAAAAUUCAGUUGCCAUGCAUCGAGCUUUCCAGCAUGAUCUCUACCGGUUGCGCCUCACCACGGCAAGAAGUUACGUCAAGGCCUUAGAAACGAGCAACACGCCCGUCUCAACCUCGGUCGAAGAACCUCUCAAGUUGAAUGCCCACGUCCAGGGCAUCGGCCCGUCAUUCAAACUGACCGUCAACCUACAGAAUACAUCGCUGAGCGUCCCGUCUCUGAAUCUCCUCAUCACGUUCCAAUAUGAUGAGAAACUUUAUUCCCUGGCAAAGCCACAAAUACCAGUGCCCAUGUUGGUCCCAGGUCUCAACUAUGCUUUUGAUACUUUUUUAGAGUGCCUCAGUGACAAGGGCAUCUCGGACACGUUAAAGGUGUUUGUUCUUCGUCAAGGAAAAAGCGUUCCAAUCAUUACUGCUGUAAUCAGUAUGCCGGUCAGCGAGACCAUGGUGGUCGUCUAGUUAUGAAUGACCGUGUCUUCUGGAGUUAGUCCGUUCCCGCCCAGAUGAAAAAUCAGAAUGCCCGUCAGCGAGACCAUGGUGGUCAUCUAGUUAUGAAUGACCGUGUAUUCUGCAGUUAGUCCGCCCCCGCCCUGAUGAAAAUUAUCAAAAAGACUGUCCAAAUAUUGAUACAUUUCUGCUGUCACAUGACUACUGAAAUUCAUGAAAAUGUUGUGAAGUGAAGAAUUAGGCCUGACACAUAACCUUCAGCAAUUAAUUUUUCCGGUUGUGCAGGGUUAAAGGUUGGAGGAUUGUCUUGAGCUAAAGCCAGUGAUAAUUACAGUGAUCCAUGGCAGAGGUCACGACAGAUAGGCAUCCAAAAGUGCCCAUGAACAUUUGGAAGGAUAUUUGUAUACAUUUUCAAGUUCAUUCAGUUGGCAUCCUGUCUAAGAAUUAACAUAACCUCGCAAAGGUUCUCCUUCAAAGCUGGAUAUUAUUGCAAUAUCGAUGUAUCUGUGUAAAGUUGUUUUGCAAGUUGUCUGUGAUGUUUCUACUAAGGUGAAUAAAUAAAUCCACCAAUAUGAACAAA